UCUCGAUUUAGGAAUAAAAUGGCGCAGAAACGUCGGGAGAAAACGCUGCUGGAGAAGCUGCGCUGGGUGACGCUCGGCUUCCACUACAACUGGGACACCAAGAAAUACUACAAGGAGACGUUCACCCCGUUCCCGCCGGACCUGGCCGAGCUCUCCCGCUGUGUGGCCCUCGCCUGCGGCUUUCCCAAAUUCAAAGCCGAAGCCGGAAUCCUCAACUAUUACCACAUGGACUCCUCGCUGGGGAUCCACGCAGAUGAGUCGGAGCCGGACCACCGGAGCCCCCUGCUGUCCUUCAG